AACAGCUUUGUGUUCAUUGUGGAUACAUAGAUACAUCCCUGGCCUCUGUCCCUGGGCAACUUGCGACAGUCCUUCCAUCACUGUGCUGGCUGCCACCCUAGGUUGAGACCCACUGGUCCAGAUAUCCCUGCUAUGACUACAACAUAAGACAUCCAAACAUAAAACGACAAAAGGGCUCGAGUCAUCCUGAAUUUUCUUUGUAUCUCCUAUGGUUUCCAUGAGGGACAGGCCAAUUUUUGCCUCCAAGAUCAUAAUUGGUAAGUUUGCCAGUGUUCUUAUUCCUUUACGGUCCAAGAAGCUUUGACAAAGGACCUGAUUGGACAUUCUUCCAUGACUGAUGCUUAUAUCAUACAAGGCCAACAUUUCAUAGAAUAAACAUCCAGGAGAGGACUCCCUUGGGGCCUUGUUCUCCAUCUACCAGCCACUCACUGUCACACACCUGGAAACUCGCUGAGUGUGCUUUGGCUAAUGUCUAUAGACAGAAUGGCCAGUAUGAAAGCAAUAUUCUUGGGGUGACCAUUAACUCUAUUGAAUAUUAUUAUUUACUAGGCAUCAAGCAACAGCUUUGUGUUCAUUGUGGAUACAUAGAUACAUCCCUGGCCUCUGUCCCUGGGCAACUUGCGACAGUCCUUCCAUCACUGUGCUGGCUGCCACCCUAGGUUGAGACCCACUGGUCCAGAUAUCCCUGCUAUGACUACGUAAGAUAUUCUAGACAUUUAUCAUUUCUGUUCUUGUUUCAGCGCAGGUAGUCGAGUCAGCAUCUCAUCACUGUAACAAAGUACCCGAAUUUUUUUCUUUUAAAAAACAAUUCAGAAGAUGAAAGGCUUGUUUUUGCUCACAGUCUCAGGGACAACAGCUUAUGCUCUCUUGACUCCAUUGAUUCUGAGUCCAUGGGGAAGGGGAGCUUCACAGUGAGGAGCAUGUGUGGUAAUGCAGAUUGGAUCAUGCCAUAGCAGACAGGAGGCUGAGAGAUGGAUGGGGUUUACCUCAUUCCUUCAAGUAGGCCCCACAUUCGAAAGUUUCUGUCACCUCCCAGUCAUUCCACUAAAUUAUGGAUUUAUUAUUUUAUUAGUCCAUUGAUGAGCACAGAGUCAUCAAGAUCUAAUCACACACUAAAAGCCCCACCUCUUAUUAGUGUUGCAGUGGGGAACCUUUAGGCACCAGAGUCUGAAGGAGGUCCUUUUAUAUCUAAAUCACAAUAGAGCAAGGGAUUUCCUAUACUAUAUAUUUGGUAGAUUUCUUUUUCCUUUACACCUGUGAUUAUUUUUUUUCUCUCUGAAGAGACUUAGUUUUUGGAGUUUCAAAACACAGCAAAUAUAUAAUUUUCAUCAAUGUAUUGUAAGACAACUUCUUCCUCUGUCUACAGAAGUGUAUGCCUGUCACAGAUUGACUUUGGACUUAUACUGUGGUAGAUAGGAAACAUGGAGAAAGAAAAGAGGGUUAGACCUCAAGAUUUCAGGUUAGCCAUUUCCAAAUGUUGGCAAUAAUUGGGCAAACCAUCACACUUUCUCUACUAUAGUCCUUUUGAUUCUAAAAUGGGUAUAGUUAUAAUGGAAUGAGUAGUUAUAUGGGUCAAAUAAGUUGAUACUACAAAGAUAAUUGAAAGAUAAAACAGUGUAUGGAAUUUGAAUAUGGUGCCAAUGCCUAUAAUUCUACUGGAGAAGUAAAGGCAAGAAGAUAAGGAGUUCAAGUUAGCCUCAGCUACAUAGGAAAUUUGAAUUCAUCUUAGGCGGCAUAUAUAUAUAUAUAUAUAUGUAUAUGUAAAUAUGUGCAUACAUGUAUAUGUAUAUGUAUAGUGUAGUCUCAAAACAUUUAGCAAUAUUUGAGCACUUACUAUAAAGGGACACAUUCAAAUGCCUGUGAUGCACAGGAGAAAUACUCCUUCAAAGGACUAGGUGUUUCUUUAAACAAACAAACAAACAAAAAACCCAAACAUUAAAGUAUUGUAAGUUUCUUUCACUGUUCAACUAUUACUGGUCAAAUACAUGUAUGAGUAGAAGAAAGUAAAGCAUUAUGUUCUUUUUUAUGUUGAAAGUGAUGAUUCCCUCUUGGGGAAUAUCACUAUGGGGUUAGGCAAGAAAAUGAUGCUUCUUUUCUAUUUCUGAACUGGACUGUCAAGGUAGUAAUUAAGACAAACAGGAGUUGAGGCCGUGACACUUUCCCAAUUCCUCUUGCUUUUAUGAGACCCUCUGUUACCUGUACCAUUAUCAAGUGCAGCCAUCCUUGUCUCUGAAUCUCUCUCAUUGUGUAUAUAGCUGUAGUGUUGUCUACAGUUUAGGAAUUCCUUAACAGCUAAAAGAAUUCCACAGUAGUGUAAUCAAGGAGGCAUAGAAGCUGAUUACCUAUGGUUGGGUUUUGAUUCCCAUUCAACUUUCUAAUAAGAGCUUUAACAAUUAGGUUUUGUAACACUGUGUGGGUUGGUUCUUCCAGUGUUCUCACAUAGCCAUGCGUGCAUAUAAAAAUGUGAAGGCUGUUACAUGUGGCAAGCUGCCCAAGGAAGUAGUGAAAUGUCUUACUGAAUUCUGGAGUAAUUGGACACCCUUAGAAACAGCACAUAGAUCUCCUGGUGGAGGCAAGAUCUGUGAUACAUGUUGCCUUCCAACCCUUGCCCUUGUAAGUUAUUCCUCUCUUUCCAUGCUUUUCCUGGUAAGAUAAUCAUAUUGGAAGGAACAGGGUAUCUUCUCUGCUUUCUGGCCACCUAGUCCUUGAUUCACUUCUGACCUUUACCUCUAGCUAAGUUCAGUCAAACUGGACAUAUUCAGCUUCAAACUGUGAAUUUAUACUGAUUGUAACAAAAUACAUGACCAAAUCAAUAUCGUAGGUGGGAAAUUUUAAUUUGGUUUAUGGUGUCAGAGAGCUGCCUAUGGCAUUUGUUUCCUCUUCUUCCUCUUCCUCUUCCUCUCCUCUUCUUCCUCCUCUUCCUCCCUCUCCUCCUCCUCCUCUUCCUCCUCUUCUACUUCAUCCUCCCCUUCCCUCCUCCUCCAUAUUUUUCUUUCAUCUAAGUCCAUGGCUUGCUAGACAGUGUUGUCCACAAUCAGGUCUUCCCUAGCUUCUGUUCCACAAGUCAACCAUCAUUGGAAACACUUCCACAGAUGCACCCAGGAGUGUGCUUGUCCAGUCCCCUAGGGGGCCUCACUACAGUCAAGUUGUUAAGAUUUUAAGCAUCACGGAUAUCUUAAUCUUGUGUCUCCCACUUCCUGAUGAGUUUACCUUUAUUAGUAUUGCCAUUGUAAGAAAAAUUUCUAACGAAUAAAAAAAUAAAGUCUCUUAGAGCAGUAUAAAAUGUGUGUGUGUGUGUGUGUGUGUGUGUGUGUGUGUGUGUGUGUUGUGUGUGACAUAAUGUGGCCUCUAAAUUAAUUUCUCCUUGAAACUUUUGACUGUUUCCUUGUUUCUAAGCAAGGUCUCUGCAAAUAUGACUAAGCCAAGAUGUAGUCACAUUGUAUCAGAAUGGGUAGAAAUCAGUGACUAUACUUAGAAGAGGGAACUUUGCUUCUGCACAGCAAAAGAAACAUUUAAAAGCAUGAAGAGACCUCCUAUAGAAAGAGGGAAACUCUUGAUCAGUUCUAUAUCCAAGCACUAAGAGGAGAGAAUUGUCAACAAGUGAGCUUAUGCAAUGAACAGACAGUUCACAAAAGAGGAAAUUUGAAUAGACAACCAGCACACAUUUACAACCUCAUUAGCCAUUAAAAUGCAAAUGAAAACCACGUUGAGAUUAUACCUUACCACAGUCAAAAUGGUAGCUAUAAGAAAAGAAAUAACAUCAAAUGCUCAUGAGGCUACAGACAAAAGGGAAGAUCGUACGUAUCCAACUCUAUUUAAACCAGGGUAGAGAUGUCUCUGAACACUGCUUCCAUCUGACCCGGCUGUCUUUCAGGCAUUUAUCCCAAAGACUAUAAAGUCCACAUACCACAGAGACACUUGUACAUCAAUGGUUAUUACAGUGCUAUUCUCAACAGCUGAGGUGUGGAAUGUGCCCAGAUGUCCAACAACAGAAGAGUAAAUUAUAGAAAAUGUGUUCUACACACAUAAUGGGAAAAUGCUCAAGAAGAACAUGGUAUAUCAUUGCAGAUAACGGAUGAAACGGGAGACAGUCACAUUAAGCAAAGUUGAUUCAGUCUCAGAGAGACAAACCUAGCAUAUUUUUUUCUCAUCUGUUGUUCCUAAAUCUUAUAGAGUCACAUAAACUAUCUAUGUAUGAGUCAGGUACAAGUGAAAUGGAAUUGUCUAGGUGAACGAGAGGGACUAAGGGAGGUGGGGGGAGAAAAAGAAGAAGAAAGAGAGUGACGCAGGAAAGCCAUACACUCUACACAGAAUAUAUACUCUUGAGACAAAGGCGAGACUUAAUGGCAUAGAAAUAUAAAUGUGGUUUUUCACAACAAGAACCUUUGAAGUGUAUGAUGGUUUGGGGACUAGAUCAAGUCACUGUAACAAAGAACAGACGAAACCCAAAUAACUGCCCAAUUUCAUUAUAUAAAAUCCAGCUACCAAUGGCAGAGGCAGCCAUGAGACCAAAGAGACAGAUCUAGGGCUGCAGAGAUGAUUCGCAGGCAGAAACAACACGGUGAGCAUCUUCAAGACAGAGCCUUGUAUCUCAAGGGGGAGAACACACCCUUCUCAACAUGGCCAAAGGUCAGUUAAAGAGGAGUCUGGGUAUUGACGAUCAAGAUGCCUCACUCAUCUGGCUGACACUGUACUCCAGGGCUUCAAAUGCUUACUAGAAACACCCAGCAACAUGUGGUUGUAGUCAAGGUAGCUACUCCCAUGCUGCUACCACACAGACAAUGGAAAUCAUGUCAAAUUGCUGCAUUGAUUGUGAAGAAGUUGUGAUAUUUAUUACAUGUAUUUAAAAAUCCAUAAAGGUGUCUUAUAAAUAGCCUCAUAGGUAAUUUUAUUACAUGUGAUAAACAAUAUUAUUAUAUUAGUUAAGUGGUAACAAAGAUUUGCAACCAACUAGCCAGAACUGCAAGAAACUGUAGUAGUGAAUGGAGGGGCAAGAGGCAUUCUAGAUGUUCAAACCUGAAACCAUAAGGACGUGGAAACUUUCAUUUUAAAAGUUCAAAUGUUAGUCUUGAAAGCACACCUAAGAUACACCUAAGACUCUUUGACUGCUUUCUCUUGGUAUGAGCUGUAUCCAUAGUAACUGGUCUGUGUGACCUCAUCAGGAGGGCCAUUGUGAGAGCGUCUGAACCAACAGAUAUAAGGGAGGACAAACCAGGUUGACUUUCUGUGGGUGUUUUGAGAGGCGUUCUGAUAGGUGAAGUGUCCUGUGUAAUUUGACUGAUAUAUAGUGAACGUGUGUGUGUGUGUGUGUGUGUACCUUAUUAUACCUUCGUAUGUAUGUGUGUUUGUGUGUGUUUAGCUUUGAGUGUUUGGCUUUUUAUUUUGAUUUUUUCUUUUUGGUGUGUAUGUUAGUGAAAGGGUUGAUUUUGCUUGUUUUUUUAAAUUUUUUAAAAUUAUUUUAAUUCUACCUAUUAAUUUUUAUAUCCAUCUACCUUCUUACCUACCUACCUACCUACCCACAUACCUACCUAUUAUCUACUUACCUACCUAUCCUCUACUUACCUACCUAUUUACCUACCUACCUGCCUGCCUACCUACUUAUCAUCAACCUACGUACCUACAUACCUCCUACCUAUUCUCUACCUACCUACCUGCCUGCCUGCCUACCUACCUACCUACCUGUCUGGGUAGCCUUGAUACCAGUGAUGUGUGGUCUAAAGGGUGAGGUGACAGCAGGGCCCACCCUCCCAUAUGAGACUCUUGGGGCUCAGUAUGUUAUUUUGAGGACCAUAGGCCAAGGAAGUUAUGGCCAGGUGAAAUUGGCUCACCACAGACUCACGGGCACAGCUGUGGCGAUAAAAGUCCUGCUGAAGGAGAGAACACAAUACUAUCCGAUCAGAACGGAAGUGGGGAUAUUGAAGAAGAUGAACCAUCCAAACAUCAUUUCGUUACACCAAAUCAUUGAAACUGAACAGAACAUCUUCCUGAUCUUGGAACUGGCCGAUGGACGUGAGCUGUUUGAUUGGAUUGAGAAAUCAGGCCAUUUACAUGAGGGCCUAGCCCGGAAAAUAUUCAUUCAGAUUGUACAUGCCAUGAGUUACUGUCAUGACAUAGGCAUAGUACAUAGAGAUCUUAAGCCUGACAACAUCAUGGUUGAUGCCUCAGGAAAAGUUAAAAUUGUAGACUUUGGUCUGGGUGCCCUAGUUACACCCGGUAUGAAGCUUUCUGAGCAUUGUGGUGCCUUACGAUUUUGUGCCCCGGAAUUUUUCCUAAACCAACCAUAUGAUGGAACGAAAGUGGACACUUGGAAUAUAGGCGUUGUUUUAUACUUCAUGGUGACCGGGGACCUGCCAUUUGUAGGUACCACCCUUAAAGAGCUUGGAAACCAAGUUUUGCUGGGACGAUAUGCUAUUCCCCGGCACCUUUCAAAAGAACUUCGAGAGAUUAUCCGGUAUUUACUUACUGUAAAUCCUACAGAAAGACCAACACUAAAGGAUAUUAUGACACACCCUUGGCUUAAGCAAGGAAAUGCAGGUUUCUUAAGCCACUGUGAUAAGAUAGACUCUAGUCACCUGGAUCCUGCAAUCAUAGCAGCCAUGGCAGAUAUGGGCUUUGACCCAUGUGUUGUCCAGAAAUCUUUAGUCGAUAAGCUGUAUAAUGAACCGAUGGCGACUUAUGGCCUAUUAAAACGCCAGGCAGGCAAGCAGGAUGACCACACUAGCCAACCUGAGCCAGUGCAACCAGGAUUAACACCUUUCCCCACUCUCACAGAUCCUACAAGCUUCCCUUCCUACCGAGAGCAGACAACUGAUAGACCAGCUAUUCGAGCCUUUCUAUCAUUAAGCUCAAAAACUGACUCUUCCAAGGACAAAGAACAUGGAGGGCAGAGGCUAAGAAGAAGUGCAACUGCGCCUAUAAUGCCACCUCACUGCCCACAGAAGAGGAUAAUCAUUUUUUCUGAUGAGAGGGUCAACAACAGAAGACAGCACAAUUCAACUAUGGACUCAAUCCGAGGUGCGUACAGGAGCUGGAAGAGGUGGACAGGGAGAAUUGGGGCCAGUUUAUUACAGCUCUGCUGCUGCUGCUGCUGCUGCUGCUGCAUACCACUUAAGAACAACAGAGUGGUGCCCCAAAUGGAGGCAUAGGAGGAAGACAAGAAGCCGGAGGCCAGCCAAAGGUGCUGAUGUCCUCUGAAUUAUGGGGUCACGGUGUUGGGGAUUAUUCAUGAGUGGACUCAAGGAACUGCUGGGAGGGACACACGCAUAAAGUCCAGAGGCCUGGGAAGAUCCAGGAGAGAGACAGCAAAUGACUCAAGUCUCUUCAUGCGAAUUCCAUUCCUUAAAGAUAUAGGCAAGACAACAGUCUUCUAAAGCAUCUAGGCCAAUGGCCCGAAAGCGAGUUUGAAGACAGCUGCCGUUCUGCCUGUUCAGUAUCUUGUUGGACUGGGGAAAAUCCCUGCACUAUUCCUUGCUGGACUGCAAUGAUCCGUAGAUUACAGUGUUUCUUAGAUUUGUUGUUACUCUUUUACAAUUGAAUUUAUCAUAAAGACUGUAUGCUAAUUUUAGAAUAAAGUUGAUAGAGGUAGAAUGACAUGUAAUGAUAGAUAUGGAGAAGUGAUGUGUCUAUAAGUUAAAGUUUUCUGAUAACCCCAAAACCUUAACAAGAAAGACAAAGAAAUUUCCCCAUAGAACCAGUAAAGAUGCCACUGUCAUUUUUUGUGACCCAUUAUCCUCAUGGACUUCAUCACUCAGUUCCCUGAUAACUCUAAUUUUAAGAACAAUAAGUAUAAUGGCCCCUCAAAUCAAAAUUUAAGAUACCAUAUGAAAGUAGGUGGAGAGAGCAGGGUUACUCUGAGGUUCAUUAUGGGAAAGUGACCUAUUUGUUUAUAUAGCAUCCUCAAAAGAGUGGACUAAUACCUAGACAGAUUUGCUCCUAUAGGCAAUGCCCAUGAGAGAAUCAUUUAAACAUGUUUUUCCUGUCAUUAAGCAUAUAUAACAAUCACUAGGUAUUCGUCCACUCUUUUGAGGAUGCUAUAUAGACAAAGGUCACUUUCCCAUAAUGAACCUCAUAGUAACCCUGCUCUCUCCACCCACUUUCAUAUGGUCUAUUAAAUUUUGAUUUGCAGGCCCGUUAUACUUAUUUUUCUUAAAAUCAGAGUUAUCAGGGAACUGGGUGAUAAAGUCCAUGAGGAAUCCUAUAAGAAUUCCUAAAACUAUAUCAAUAUCUAUUAAGCUCUUUUACAGUGGGAUUGCUAUUAGGUUCUUUCUGAUAGUAGAAACUGCAAUGAGAACUCUGCCAGUCUCCCAGGUAUCACCAGUUAAUUGUUUCUACAUAGUAACUAGGCAUUCUACUACUCAGAGAACAUUGCAAGAGGUUGUAAAACCAUUAACCAAAGGCCACAAAAGGGGAACUAAUGAUUUAUUAUAAGUGUUUAGGACAGAAGAUAAAAUAUUGAUUGGGUUUAUCUGCACAAAACUUCCCAAUAACCUAGUUAUGCUUUUUAACUCUCCAUGUACCUGUGGAACUGAGACAGGUGAUGAGUGUUUAGCCAGAUAAUUAUUCCUGAUGGAUAUGCAUGUAAACAUUCACUGUUGUAAAAUUCUUAAUCAAUUUGUUUUGAAUUUACAUGUAAACUUGUGAUGAAUUUUUUACCAUAUGACCAUGUAUACUGAAAGAUGUAUAACUGCCGAGGACAAUGAGGACAAGGAGAAAGUCUCCCCCCCCCCCACCUCUCUCUCUCUCUCUCUCUCUCUCUCUCUCUCUCUCUCUUACACUCUCCUUAUCCUAGCCUUUCUUAGAAUUAUACUCCAUAUCCCCCUCUUUUUAGAACUUUCCUUGUUCCACUUAGGAUCAUCAUGGUCAUUCUGCUUUCCCACUUUUUUCAAAGUGUCCCCUCUUCAUGUGAACCAGCAGGCUAAACGUUAAAGCUGUGAAAUUCCUGCAGAGGUAGAAGAAAGGCUACAUUACUUAGUCUUCCACUAUUAGGCUACAGACAUUAAUCACCUUAGCCAGUGGUUUUUAACCCUCAGAAUGAGCAAGAAGGUUUUAUCAUCAGCAUUCAGUAUAGUUAGAGAGCUAGAAUAUCCUAAGACCAUCAGUGUUUAAAGCCACACCAGUGUCCUACUCUGUGUCCUGUUUCAACCUGCUCCAGCCUGGGAGGCUCCCAGCAAGGCAUGGUACCCUUUCUGUAUGUUCUCUGAAUGCCAUCCAAAAUCCUAAGCAUGCUUGCACUGAUCCAAUGCGGUCUUGGAUGUAAAGUCAAAAGGGCACAGUUCUUUCUCCUAUCACCAAGCUGCUUAGAGUUCUUAGCUUGCCUGUCUUAUUUCUCAAACUGUAAUAAAAUGGUCCUUAAUCUUCUGACCUUUUUUUUUUAAUUUAUUUUUCUUAUGGUGUACAGAAGUGGUGGUAGUGGGGGACCCUCAAUUAUCCAGUAACAUGCUACUUGUGGGUUGUGUUGUAUUUUUCCUCAUCAUACUGAAUUUGCUCAAAUUGUUUGAGCAUAUUUUCUUCACCCACAGAAGCACUUGGAAAUAUGUUAAUUUCUCUGACUCUUACCUGUGUAUUCAGGGUCUCACAGGCCUUACUCCUCAUACCCACAGGAUGAAUGGCAGGGGGUUGAGCAUCUACAUAUGAAACACCCCACUUGAUUGAGGCUUGGGGAUUAAGUUGUUGUGGUUUUGGGUAGCAUUUGGUUUCAUAGGAGUGUUCAAGAUCCUACCAGCUCCCCAAAUUUCACAGUGAAGGAAGGGGUAGAGCAAAGGGUGUCUAUGCGUUGAAGUGGAUGUGCCUUAUCUGUCCACCAUGUCUUGUGUUUCUGUUAAACCCAUAUUCAGUAAAGGUUGUAUAUGGUUAAUACAUUAAAAAAAAACCCUCCUACUCAUUAUGAAGUACAGAUGAUCCUUGGUUUUUGGUGGGUUAUGUUCUAUUAAACCUGUAAGUUAAAAAAAUCAGAGUGCACCCCUCCACCUCCACCUUUCACCCCUCACCCCCCAUUGCCACCCCCAGUGUAUACUUUCAGUGCCCUCAGGUGUGAGGCCUCGCUUUCUACCUUAGUUGAAACAGUGUCUCUGGUUUCUGUGCUGUGUAAGUCAGGCUAGCUGGCCUUUUCUUUUGGAGUUCUUUCUUGCUUCUGCUGUCCACUUCAGCAAGGAGCUAUGGGAGUAUAGAUGUACAUGCUACUGUGCUAGAGUUGGUCUCACAUGGAUUCUGUGGAUUUUCACUCAGAUUAUUGCUCUCAGAGAGCAAUUGCUUUCUACUGAGCAACCACAUUGCCCCCCUCCUUUUUCUUUGAGACGGUGUCAAUAUAUCCCUGAAAGGAAAAUUAUACAGAUUUAAGGUUUAAAAAUACGAAGUUAAAAGAGUAUGUUUCAACUCAGGACUAAACACUGUGAAAAGCAAGUCCAGGCAGCCCCGCCCUGCCGCUAGAACUAACAGACCACAAAAGGAAAGGAAUGCAGAACAGACCAGGAGUACCGGAUCUGACUCACAGGCCACCUGGCAGGAAGAGAUAAGCCCCCAGCCCCCGACAUCCAGGACGCCCCAAACCUGCCAAUGUGUGUAGCUAUACCUUAUUACCUCAUCAUGUGAAUUAGCCAAUCAUAUGUGAACAUGUCUAUGUGCCUCGUUUGAAUCCACCAAUCCCCGUAACUAUGCAUCUGCUUCUGUACGCCCGCUUCUGCUUCCCCAAUCCCUAUAAAAGCCCCAUGCUGGAGCCUCUGGGUGCGCCAGUCCUCCGAAGAGACUGUGUGCCCGCAGGUACCUGUGUUUUCCAAUAAACCCUCUUGCUGAUUGCAUCCGAGUGGACUGGGCUCGGUCAUUGGGCGCUUGGGACUCCUCCUGAGGGAAAGGUCCUCUCUGGGGGUCUUUCAUUAUGGGGGCUCGCCCCGGGAUUUGGAGACCCUCCGCCCAGAGAUCACCGACCACCCACCGGGAGGUAAGCCGGCCGGCGUUUGUCUUGUCUGUUGUGUCUUGUCCUGUGAAUGAUCGAUCAAUAGGCUCAGAUCUGGGGACUAUCUGGGCGGGCCAGAGAAGGAGCUGACGAGCUCGGACUUCUCCCCCGCAGCCCUGGAAGACGUUCCAAGGGUGGUUGGAGGAGAGGGAGAUCCGGAUCCGUGGCACCUCUGUCCGUUUUCGGAGGGAUCCGUACCCUUGAUGACUCUGUCUGAAUUUUAUUGGAGUAGAGGAUCCAAGACCCUCGCUGACUCCAUCUGAAUUCUUGGUUUCAGUUUGGUAUCGAAGCCGAGUGGCGCGUCUGUUACUUGUUUGACUGUUGGAAUUGUUUGUCUUCUUUGUGACCUGACUGUGGUUUUCUGGACGUGUGUUGGUGUCUGUUAGUGCCUUUUGGCUUUUGUUUCGUGUUUGAAUUUGGACUGACGACUGUGUUUAAAAUCUUGGACCGACGACUGUGUUUGAAAUCAUGAAACUGUUUGCUUUGUUCGUCGAAGAGUUUUACUUGGUCUCCUUAACGCUUAGUGAGUAAGAAACUUAAUUUUGUGGACCCCGCUCUAGUGGCGGUGUGUUGGUUGAUAGCCACAGUUAAUUUUUAGAACAUAGUGUUUUGGGGGUUGGGGAUUUAGCUCAGUGGUAGAGCUCUUGCCUAGCAAGCGCAAGGCCCUGGGUUCGGUCCCCAGCUCUGAAAAAAAAAGGAAAGAAAAACAAAACAAAAACAUAGUGUUUUAUCUGUACUUGUGCUCGCAGCCAGCUGUGAUGAACUGGGAAAGAUUUAAAUUUUCCUUGGGAGAAAGGAAUCUUAAAGAUGGUGUUUCAGCCGGUAUGGCACUUAGUGCGUAGCUGCCUAAAAGAUCAGAAAUGCUGUCAACAGGCUAUAAAAAAAAAAGGGACAGGCGGUGUUAGAAAUGCUACGGGAAGAACUAUCUAAAAAGGCUGAGAGCGAGGUGGGAGAGGACUAUAAGGAAAACAAGAAAGGAAUUUCUGACAUUUGCUCACAGAAGGAGAGCGCUCAUUAAGAGAAGUUCUUUAAGGAAGCCUGCCUUAUCUGCUGUCCUUAUUCCAAGGGAGGAGUCAGUCUCCAACAUUAAAUUACUUUUCUUGCUGAUCAUCAUUAACAUGGAGAGUGCCUUUGGUCCUAUCCCCACAGCAGCCAGUUCCUGCCCCUAUGGUUAAAAUGCCCCAGUGAAAGACCCCAGCUUAGCAGCAGUAACGCCAUUUUGCAAGGCUGUACUUAAGAUGACUGGUUCAGGGAAAGGUUAGAACACUGAGUACACAGCGGCUGCCAAGCAAGAUAUGUUUGGUUGAAGGCCUGGCAACAGGACGACUUCGGUUGAGCACCUGACAAUGAAAAAAAGCCCCAGGAGAGGUCCCACACCCUGGUGGGGGGCCGAGUCAGUCGUUAUGUUCCAAGAAGGUAGCUAAGAAACUUGCCCCCGGGCUGAACCCUUGGGGGGCCGAGUCAGCCGUUAUGUUUCAGGAAGGUAGCUAGGAAACUUGCCCCCGGGCUAAACCCUUGCCAUAUUAGAAUCCACCAAUUAUAUCCCUGUAACCAUGCAUCUGCUUCUGUAUGCUUGCUUCUGCUCCCCAAAAUCCUAUAAAAGCCCAUCCUUGGUUCCGUGGGGCGCGCCAGUCCCCCGAGUGACUGAAGCGCCCGCAGGUGCCUGUGCCUGUGUAUCCCGACAAUAAACCAAAUCCUCUUGCUGAUUGCAUCCUGUGGUGUCUCGGUCUGGUCUUUGGAGUUGGAGGGUCUCCAUCCCGAGGGAAAGUUCUCCCUGAGUGCUUUUCAUUUGGUGCGUUGGCCGGGAAAGGAGAUCCUCCACCCAGGGACCACCGACCACCCACUGGGAGGUAAGCCGGCCGGCGUCUGUCUGUCUGUCUGAUUUUGUCUCGUUCUGCCUUAUUCUGUCUGUUCUGUGAGCGCUCAGCCAGGUCUGUUCUGUGAGCGCUCAGCCAGGUCUGUUCUGUGAGCGCUCAGCCAGGUCUGUUCUGUGAGCGCUCAGCCAGGUUCUGUGAGCGCUCAGCCGGGUCUGUUCUGUGAGCGCUCAGCCAGGUCUGUUCUGUGAGCGCUCAGCCAGGUUGUUUGGAAUUUGGGCGGGACGAAGAAGGAGCUGACGAGCUCGGACUUCUUGCCCCGCAGCCCUGGAAGACGUUCCAAGGGUGUUAGGGGCCCGACUUUUCGGGGCCCAAUCUGGGAGAGGAGAAAGAUCCGGACUAACGGCACCUCUGUCUGUAUUUUUGGCUUUCAGAGGGCCCCGGACCUUUGCCACCUCCAUCUGACUUUUUGCUUUCAGUUUGGUACCAAAGCCGUGCAGCACGCCUGUCUGUUGUUUGUUUGACUGUUGGUGUUGUUUGUUUUCUCUGUGUUCUAAUCUUCCUUAGAACUAACAUGGGACAGUCCCUAACAACGCCCCUAAGUCUCACUCUUGAUCAUUAGAAAGACGUCCACGACCGGGCACACAACCAGUCCGUCGAGGUUAAAAAAAAAAAAAAGGAAAAGGGCAGACUCUCUACACAUCCGAGUGGCCCACUUUCGGAGCGGGAUGGCCAGUGAAUGGCACAUUUAAUAAGAUCAUUAUUUUACAGGUUAAAGAUCGGGUCGUCCACGGACAUCCUGACCAGGUUUCUUAUAUUAUCACUUGAGAGAGUCUCGCCUUAACCCCCCCCCCCCGGGCGGAACCCUUCGUGGACCCAAAUUGGCCUCCCCUCAACCCCCAGUCUGUCCCCUCUGCCCCGCCCGGUCCGCCGGCCACGUCUUCCUCUCUCUACCUUUGUGAAAUCAGAGCCUUCUAAGAAACCUGUCCUCCCGGCAGACCCAAACUCCCCUCUCAUAGAUCUUCUCUCUGACAGGCCCAGCUAAAACGGAGGAGGCAGAGCCGCCGGCCAGAUCAGUUGCCGGGCCACAGUCUGAUAAGGGUUUCUCCCCUGUCGCAGGGAGAUUGCGCAAUAAGCGCGAGGUGAUGCCAGAUUCAACCUCCCAGGCUUUCCCACUUAGACAGGGAACCGGUGGCCAGACCCAAUACUGGCCGUUUUCAGCAGCUGACAUUUACAAUUGGAAACAACACAACCCUUCUUUCUCCAAAGAUCCGGUGGCACUCACCGACCUAAUAGAAUCUGUUUUACUUACCCACCAGCCUACUUGGGAUGACUGCCAACAGCUCUUACAGUCCCUCUUAACCUCAAAAAAAAAAAAAAAAAAAAAACAAAGA